AUGGCAGCCCUCGCCGCAGCUCUUUCGGGAGACUAUGCUGUUUCGCACACGUCGUACCCGGCGCGCACGAAGACGUCCUCCGCAACCAUCAAAGGUCUUCGCACCGUCGCAACUGCGGUCAACUUUGCCGAUAAGAUACUUAUCACAGUUCACGUGCCCCUCGACAUCGCUGCAACGGAUGCCUCAGUGACCUCAAACGCAUACCUCGAUCGCGAAGAAGACGACCCAAGCUCUGACUUGCUACCGAUGCAUCAUCUCACCGCGACAACGAUACUUGGUGGAACAGUGCCGGGGCUGGAGAUUCUGGGACAGACGCUUGCGACACAGAUAGCCAGUGCUAUCAAGACCAGAGACGAGAGGGAGACACGCAUAGUCGUGCUAGGUAUGGGCUUGGACAAGAGUAUGGCCAGUAGAGGGGAGUUCGGUGCACUGAUUGGGCUGGUCCUCGAGGUUAUUUGA